AUGGCCACGACGGCCAUCAACCUGCAGCAGGAGGGCUACAUCCCCGUGUCUAUCGACGCCGCGGAGGCGGCGCAGCGCCUGCUCCGCGAGUGCACGAGCAACCGCAUGGUCCACGUGACGCGGCUUCUAGCCGUCGACGGCGUCGACAACGGCCACGGCGACGCGCUCCGCGCGCUGCUCGUCGCGGGCGCGGACCCGGAUCGCGCCGCGGGCGACGGCUGCACGCCGUGCCUCAUCGCCGCGCAGCAGGGCCACGCGCCAUUACUGGAGCAGCUCCUCAAGGCCGGCGCCGACGGCGACCGCGCGUACCCGGCGAACGGCGCCGCGCCGGCCUUCAUGGCCGCGCACAACGGCCACGCGCGCGCGCUCCGCAUCCUCGCGCUCGCCAAGGCGGACCUCAACCGGCGCAACGACCGCGGCGCGACGCCGGCCUUCGCGGCCGCGGCCUACGGCCACGCGGCCGCGCUCGGCACGCUCCUCGCCGCCGACGCCGACGCCGACGCGGCCGACGACUCGGGCGCGUCGCCGCUCCACGCGGCCGCGGCCGCGGGCCGCGCGACGACGGUCGCGAUCCUCCUCCGCGCGGGCGCGGACCCGGGCCGGCCCUGGCGGGGCCGGCCGCCCGCCGCGCUCGCCGCGGACAACGGCCACGACGGCGUCGCGGCGACGCUCGAGGCCGCGGCCAAGGACGGCACCGCGUCGCCGGCCCACGAGGUCACGCCGGAGCUCGAGAAUCGCGAGGUCGGCGUCGCGGCCCGCGACGACGGCGCCGCGGACCGCGUCCCCCGCUGA